UAAAAGGGGUGUGUGGGGGGGAAACAAUGCGAAACCUCGCGAGAGUUCGCGGUGUUUUCGACGUUGGAUUGGCUACCCUUCUCCGGCACUGAGAUUUCUUCUCGUACGUUUCCUUUCCGCCUUGACAUUUCCCCUACUCCAAAUCUCGCGAGAAAGGCAGCAAAGUCUCGCGCCGUUAGAAGCGCGAUGGCGGUUCCUGCGGAGUGGGCGCUCUGGCUUUUGGGCGCUGCUUUUGCCUGAGUCUCGUCGAAACCGGAGAGGGCCCCUCUGGUCGAGGCGGUUGUACUUCCCCCCCGCCCCAUGAGAGGAAGUGGAGCGGGGCGCCUGGCCCCUCUUCCGCCUUCCCACCCACCUGAGGGAUGAAGGCAGCCCAGGGGCCCGCCGAAGAUUCAGAGAAAUUGAACAAGAUGAAUUCACUCCUGGAAAGGCUUCAUGUCAAAUUUAAUCCCAAUAGUAGACCUUGGACAGAGACCAUGAAACUUGUCCGACAAGUUAUGGAAAAACGAGUUGUAAUGAACUCUGGAGGUCACCAGAAUCUUGUCAGCUGCUUGGAAACAUUACAGAAGGCCUUGAAAGUGACAUCUCUGCCUGCCAUGACAGAUCGCUUGGAGUCCAUUGCUAGGCAAAAUGGCCUUGGAUCUCAUCUUAGUGCUAAUGGCACUGAAUGCUACAUAACGUCAGACAUGUUCUAUGUGGAGGUCCACUUGGAUCCUACAGGACAGCUAUGUGAUGUUAAGGUGGCACAUCAUGGAGAAAACCCUGUGAGUUGCCCAGAGCUGGUACAGCAUCUAAGAGAGAGAAACUUUGAUGAAUUUUCUAAGCACCUUAAGGGUCUCGUGAAUUUGUAUAAACUGCCAGGUGACAACAAACUGAAAACUAAAAUGUACUUGGCUCUUCAGUCCUUGGAGCUUGAUCUUUCAAAGAUGGCAGGAAUGUACUGGCAAGCCACCAAUGCAAGCCCAUUGGACAAGAUUCUGCAUGGAAGUGUAGGUUACCUCACCCCAAGGAGUGGAGGUCACUUGAUGAAUCUGAAGUAUUAUGUUUCACCCUCCAAUAUGAUUGAAGAUGGAACUGGAGCUCCUGUCAUUCUAAAUGAAGGCAAUGUUCCUCGACACCUUGGUAUGAAUGUGUAUGUUACAAUUGAAGGAACAUUGACUAUGAACAAGCUUCCAAUUGCCCCUUUGAUUAUGGGGUCUCAUCCUGUGGACAACAAAGGGACUCCCUCCUUCUCUUCAAUCACCAGUGCCAAUAGUGUUGAUUUGCCCGCCUGUUUUUUCCUGAAGUUCCCAAAGCCUAUUCCAGUAUCUCGGGGCUUCAUUCAGAAACUUCAGAACUGCACAGGCAUCCCGUUAUUUGACUCCCCUCCGACAUACGUCCCUUUAUAUGAACUCAUCACUCAAUUUGAGCUAUCCAAGGAGGAUGACUCUGCACCUUUAAACCACAGUAUGCGCUUUUAUGCUGCCCUGCCAGGACAGCAGCACUGCUACUUCCUCAACAAAGAUGCCCCCUUGCCAGAUGGGCGAAGUCUUCAAGGAACUCUCCUUAGCAAAAUAGCUUUUCACCACCCUAGUCGAGUUCCUCUCAUCCUCAAUAUGAUCAGGCAUCAGGUGGCCUAUAACACACUGAUAGGCAGCUGUGUCAAGCGAACAGUCUUGAAAGAAGAUUCUCCUGGCAUCCUCCAGUUUGAAGUCUGCCCUUUGUCGGACUCCUGCUUCAGUGUGUCUUUUCAGCAUCCUGUGAACGACUCCUUGGUUUGUGUGGUAAUGGAUGUGCAAGAUUCUACGCAUGUGAAUUGCAAAUUAUAUAAAGGCCUCUCCGAUGCACUCAUCUGCACAGAUGACUUCAUUGCUAAAGUUGUCCAAAGAUGCAUGUCAAUUCCUGUGACCAUGAGAGCUAUCCGGAGAAAAGCUGAGACCAUCCAAGCAGACACACCAGCCCUGUCACUUAUUGCUGAGACAGUUGAAGAUAUGGUGAAAAAGAACCUGCCUCCAGCCAGCAGCCCAGGUUAUGGCAUGACCACCGGAAACAACCCAAUGAGUGGCACCACCACCCCAACCAGCACAUUCCCUGGCGGUCCUAUCUCCACCUUGUUCACAAUGAGUAUGGGCAUAAAAGAGCGUCAUGAUUCUGUGAACCAUGGGGAAGACUUCAGCAAAGUGUCACAGAACCCCAUUCUUACAAGCUUGCUACAAAUCACAGGCAACGUAGGCUCCACCAUCGGGUCCAGUCCCACUCCUCCACACCACACACCACCUCCUGUGUCAUCUCCUGCAAGCAACACCAAGAACCACCCGAUGCUCAUGAACCUCUUGAAGGACAAUCCAGCUCAAGACUUCUCAACUCUCUAUGGGAGCAGUCCUCUAGAGAGACAGAAUUCUUCUUCUGGCUCUCCAAGGAUGGAAAUGGGGCCAAGUGGGAACAAACAGAAGAAGAAAAAAUCACGUGUCCUUGUGGACAAACCCAAACAUCAGACUGAAGAUGAUUUCCAGAGAGAACUGUUUUCCAUGGACGUUGAUUCCCAGAAUCCCAUCUUUGAUGUUAAUAUGACAACUGACACUUUAGAUACUCCCCAUAUUACUCCAGCACCCAGUCAGUGCAGCACUCCACCAACAGCCUAUCCACAGUCUAUGCCUCAUGUCCAGCCCAGUAUUCAGAGGAUUGUCCGGCUCUCCAGUUCAGACAGUAUUGGUGCUGAUGUCACAGAUAUCCUCUCUGACAUUGCAGAAGAAGCAUCCAAGCUGCCAAGCACGAGUGAAGAUUGCCCUCCUAUUGGGACACCAGUAAGAGACUCAUCCAGUUCAGGACAUUCCCAAAGCGCCCUGUUUGAUCCUGAUGUCUUUCAGUCAAACACCAGUGACAACCCAUACACUGAUCCAGCUGAUCUGAUUGCUGACGCCACUGUGAGCCCAAAUAGUGACUCUUCUAAUCAGUUUUUCCCUGAUGGCGUUGAUUUCAACCCUGAUCUCCUGAACAGCCAGAGCCAAAGUGGUUUUGGAGAAGAAUAUUUUGAUGAUAGCAGCCAGAGCGGAGACGCUGACGACUUCAAGGGCUUUGCACCACAAACGAUAAGUACUCUGGGCGUGCAAGUGCUGGGGGGAGAUGGAGGGGAGAGUAAGUUCAAGGCAUGUAGCCAAACGGACACAGUCGACUUUAGUAUUAUCACUGCUGCCAGCAAAGCUCUGGGAGCCUCUGAUGUUAUGGAGCAUCAUAGUGGAAGCCAGAGCCCUUUACUGAGCACAGGAGAUUUGGGGAAGGAAAAAUCACAGAAGCGGGUCAAAGAGGGGAAUGGAUCUGGGAGUUCUUUAACGGGCCCUGGGCUGGAUGGCAAGGGUGGAAAACGCAGCCGCACCCCAUCCAGUGAUGGGAAGAGUAAAGAAAAGGUCCAGAAGCGGAGGAAGGUGGAGCCAGAAGGCAAAUCUCCCUCUCAUAGUUCAUCCACCAGACCUUUCACCCCACCAGCAAGCACAGGUGGCUCAAAAUCUCCUGGAAGUUCAGGCAGGUCUCAGACACCCCCUGGGGUAGCCACUCCUCCCAUCCCUAAAAUCACCAUCCAAAUUCCCAAGGGAACAGUGACUGUUGGCAAACCCUCCCAUGGGCAGUACACAAGCAGUGGCUCAGUCUCCUCUUUGAGCAGCAAAAGUCAUCAUAGUCAUUCCUCCUCCUCCUCUUCCUCCUCCUCAUCGUCAUCCUCGUCUUCGUCGUCUUCCUCAUCGACCUCCGGCAAAAUAAAGAGCAGCAAGUCGGAUGGGUCUUCUGGGUCCAAGAUGAGCAGCAGCCUCUACUCGGGCCAAGGCGGCUCUGGAUCAGGUCAGUCCAAAAGCUCCACCCAAUCAGUGGGCAAGCCUGGGUCCUCCCCCAUCACAAAACACGGCCUGAGCAGCGGCUCUGGAGGUACCAAGAUCAAACCUCAAGGGAAGCCUUCAUCGCUUAUGAACCCUUCCAUGAGUAAACCAAACAUUUCUCCUUCUCAUUCUAGACCCUCGGGCGGUUCUGACAAGCUGGCCUCUCCGAUGAAACCCGUUCCAGGUACUCCCCCGUCGUCUAAAGCAAAGUCCCCUAUUAGUUCCGGUUCCGGAGGCUCGCACAUGUCUGGGACAGGAUCAAGCUCAAGCAUGAAGUCCUCUUCAGGGAUGGGAUACUCCGGUUCUAUGUCCCAGAAGCCACCCCCUUCUUCAACUUCUUCAACUGGAUCUUCAUCUUCCUUUUCAUCUGGCAGCUCUUCCAUGUCAUCUUCUCAGAAUCAGCAUGGGUGUUCUAAAGGCAAGUCCCCAAGCCGGAACAAAAAGCCAUCUUUGACUGCUGUCAUUGACAAACUCAAGCAUGGUGUUGUCACUAGUGGCCCUGGUGGGGAAGACUCAAUGGAUGGACAGAUGGUUCAAACUUCUAGUUCUUCAAGUCACUCCAUGUCCUCAAAACACAGCUUGUCUGGAAGUGAAUUACAGGGGAAGCGGGACAGAAGUGACAAGGAGAAGUCCAAAGUCUCUGUUUCAGGAGGUUCUUCUGAAUCUUCUAAAAAGACAUCUGAUUCAAAGAAUGUUGGAAGCACUGGAGUAGCCAAGAUCAUCAUCAGCAAACAUGAUGGUGGCUCUCCUAGCAUUAAAGCCAAAGUUACUUUGCAGAAACCUGGGGAAGGAGGUGGGGAUGGCUUGAGAUCUCAGAUGACCUCUUCUAAAAGCUAUGGGUCACCACUGAUAAGUGGGUCUACUCCAAAGCAUGAGCGCUGUUCACCAAGCCACAGUAAGUCUCCGGCAUAUACCCCACAAAACAUUGACAGUGAGAGUGAAUCAGGAUCAUCCAUAGCAGAGAAAUCCUAUCAGAACAGCCCCAGCUCUGAUGAUGGAAUUAGACCUCUUCCAGAAUACAGCUCAGAAAAGCAUAAGAAGCACAAAAAGGACAAGAAAAAAGUGAAAGAUCGGGACAGAGACAGGGAUCGUGACAAAGAAAGGGAGAAAAAGAAAACUCACAGCAUUAAGCCGGAAAGCUGGUCUAAAUCUCCCAUCUCUUCUGAACAGUCUCUGUCUAUGACAAGCAGUGCUAUCCUUACAUCAGACAGGCCCUCCAGGCCUAGUCCUGAUUUUUCAAUUGGGGAGGAAGAUGAUGAUCUCAUGGAUGUUGCCCUGAGAAGAAACUGAGCAUUUCUAGCAAAGGUGGCAGUGGGAUGGUGGUGUUUCAUUUAUUUUAUUUUUCUGUUUUCUAAGUUUUGAGUAUGCACGACACCCAAAUGGGUUAAAUUAAGGACAAAUCUUCUGAUUUGGACAAUUUUCUUGAUGGCUAGUGUAGAUAAAAAAAUUAUUUAAAUUCUAGGACAUGGUAUACUUACACACCAGCUUCCAUCUAAUAGCAACUUCUAGGUUUAUACAACAGAACUGAAAAUCAGAUGUUAAACAUUUGAUGUGUUUUAGAAGAAUCAGAUUAUUCUCUGAAUGUUUUAGGAACAUUUCCAUUUUGCUGCAUAUUUUAACAUUUUUAGAAUUUAAAGUUUAAUUUCAGUUGCAUUUUAUUAUUCAUACUUGGAGUAUUUCCACUAUAAAAAUAAGUGGAAUUGA